GAAAUGAUCACAGAUGAUAAAUUCCAGAUGUGUAUAUGUCAUAAAACCUAACCGCUGGUUGUUUCUGACUGUAGGCAGUUUUUGUGGAGUUUCCGGCUCCCUGGUGAGGCUCAGAAGAUCGACCGUAUGAUGGAGGCCUUCGCCCAGCGAUACUACACCUGCAACGCUGAGGUUUUUCAGUCCACAGAUACCUGUUACAUUCUGUCAUUUGCCAUCAUCAUGCUGAAUACCAGCCUGCACAACCCCAAUGUGAAAGAGAAGACGUCAUUAGAGCGCUUCAUCAACAUGAACCACGGCAUUAACAAUGGAGGAGACCUUCCAAGUGACCUUCUAACGAAACUGUAUGAGAGCAUCAGGAACGAACCAUUUAAGAUCCCAGAAGAUGAUGGGAAUGAUCUCACUCCCACCUUCUUCAAUCCUGAUCGUGAGGGCUGGCUACUUAAAGAGGGGGGCGGAGUAAAAACAUGGAAGAGAAGGUGGUUCAUUUUGACUAACAGCUGUCUAUAUUAUUUUCAAUACACCACAGACAAAGAGCCAAAAGGAAUUAUCCCUCUGGAAAAUCUUAGUGUCAGAGAGGUGGACGACACACACAAACAGUUCUGUUUUGAGCUGUUCCUUCCCCAUGGUAAAGGGCAGAAGAUAAAGGCGUGUAAGACUGAUCCGGAUGGGAAGGUGGUGAUGGGAAAACACCAGUCGUACCGGAUCAGCGCUGCCUCUGCUGAGGAGCGGACUGACUGGAUCCAGGCCAUCAGAGCGUGCAUCACGAAAGACCCCUUCUACGACCUGGUAUCCGCACGCAGAAAGAAAAUCAUCAGCAACAGCAAUGCAGAGCCUGGUUAUUAACCCGGAUCAUGAACACACACCGAAUCUCAGACCUGGACUCUCGUUCAGUGUCUGCAGGACUAUGAAGGCUUUGGUGUGGAAAAUUUUAUGCACGAAUGAUUUUAGUUUUAUUUACAUGAUUUCUGGUGCAAAUAGAAAAUGCAAUACUGGCCUCCCUUCAUGCAGAGUUCAAAAUAUGCAUCUGCAACCAACAACACUGCUGUUGUGCAGUUAUACAUUUAAUACAAAUGUAGCAACACUUGUUCUUAUAGAUGAAUUAUAAUGUG